AUGGCGCAUUAUGCGAUUCAACAAGAUGUCCGUGAUACUGCCUCCUCUUCAAGAACAUGGUUGUUUGUGAAGAUAGCUUCAGAUUUGGAAAACAAUUUUAGUUUUUUUAAGAGGAAGAUCGACGCGCGUGGUAGAUGGGGGUUUUCGGCUUUACAGAGAUGCACAUCUGCAGUUCGCCAGUUAGGAUACGGUAGUAAUCCCGACAGUUUAGAUGAUUACCUAAAUAUGUCGGAAAGAUCGUCACAUGACACCCUUAAUGCUUCUUGUGAUGGAGUCAUUAAGUUAUAUCGGCAUGAAUACUUGCGUAGGCCAACGCGUACUGAUACGCAACGCAUUAUUGAUCAUCAUGCGUCUUAUCAUGGUUUCCUUGGCAUGUUAGGGAGUUUUGAUUGUACACACUGGGCUUGGGAUAAUUGUCCAGUAGCUUGGCGUGGUCAGUACGCGCGAGGUGACCAUCACGGGCCGACGAUAUCGCUUGAAGCAGUUGCUUCACAGGAUUGUUGGAUUUGGCACGCAUACUUUGGUGUUGCCGGUUCAAAAAACGACAUUAAUGUGUUGAACCAAUCUCCUUUGUUCAACCCUUUUGAAGACGGCACAGCACCGUUGGUUCCUUUCACUGUAAAUGGAACCGAAUAUCGGUACCCGUAUUAUCUAGUGGAUGGGAUCUACCCAAGAUAUGCGAUGUUUGUGAAAACAAUACAGCAUCCAACCGGUGAGAAAAGGAUUCGGUAUGCUAAGGCACAGGAGGCUGCAAGGAAGGACGUGGAGCGAGCUUUUGGUAUUAUUAAAAAAAAGUGGAAAAUACUUAGAGAACCGGCACGACAAAUGGAAAAAACCCCCAUCCGUAAGAUCAUGUUAUUACCCAAGGUGAACUUUGGAUCUAGCCUUAGGUCGGGUAGUGUUAGCGUUGGAUCACUCUUUUCCACACUUUCACCUUCUAUAUCUCUUGUUGUAUCUUUGUUUUCAACACCCCCAACUAGCACAUCUCCUAUCACUAUGCUCUCUUCUGGCCCUAGUCAGAAGUUCUCACAUAACUAG